UAAGAAAUGUGUGUAUAAGGAACUUUUCGAGAAAGCGAAAGUAAAUACAAAAACAAAAAUAAUUUAAUUGUUUCUAAACUUGUGAUUCGAUUAAAAAAAUAAGAAUAAGGAAUGAAAAUAUAUAUAUUUAAAUUAAAACUUAAAGUGUAAAUAGUUAAAAAAUUAUAACCAAAUAAGUUUUGAGGUUAAUCAAAUUGAGUAUAACGAAAUUUUUCAAAAAUGUCUUUUAUGAAUCCGAGUUCGUUGGGGGCAUUUGGUACUCAACAAGCAACUACAGUUAAUGUAAAUCCUAUGAAAGAUUUUGAAGUGACUUCACCCCCUGAAGAUUCAGUUAGUUCCUUAAGAUUUUCGCCACCUUCACUUCCACAAAUAUUUUUAAUUGCCGGUAGUUGGGAUUGUAAUGUACGAUGUUGGGAAGUCGAACAAACUGGAAAGACAGUUCCAAAGUCCAUGCAAUCGAUGGCUGGCCCAGUUUUAGAUGUGUGUUGGAGUGAUGAUGGAACAAAAGUAUUCAUGGCUGGUUGCGAUAAACAAGUAAAAGUUUGGGAUUUAGCGUCGAAUCAAACAAUGCAAGUUGCGCAGCACGAUGCUCCAGUUAAAACUUGUCAUUGGAUAAAAGCACCAAACUAUACAUGCUUAAUGACUGGAUCGUGGGAUAAAACGCUUAAAUUUUGGGAUACACGAAGUCCUGCACCAAUGUUAAGUAUAAAUUUACCGGAACGUUGUUAUUGUGCUGAUGUUGAUUAUCCAAUGGCUGUUGUUGGAACUGCAAAUCGUGGUUUAAUUGUAUAUCAAUUAGAAGGACAACCAAAAGAAUUUAAACGUGUUGAAUCGCCGUUAAAGUAUCAACAUCGUUGUGUGGCCAUUUUUAGAGAUGAUAAAAAAGUACCUACAGGAUAUGCGUUAGGUAGUGUUGAAGGUCGCGUUGCAAUUCAGUACGUGAAUCCAACAGAUCCAAAGAACAAUUUUACAUUUAAGUGCCAUCGAUCCAAUGGUGUACCAAAUGGGGUACAAGAUAUAUACGCAGUUAACGAUAUAGCUUUUCAUCCAAUUCAUGGAACUUUAGCAACAGUAGGUUCAGAUGGGACAUUUUCAUUUUGGGAUAAAGAUGCACGAACAAAAUUAAAACCAUCCGAAACAAUGGAACAACCGAUUACACGAUGUGCAAUUAAUCAUACUGGUCAAAUAUUUGCAUAUUCCGUUAGUUACGACUGGAGUAAGGGCCAUGAAUUUUACAACCCAAUGAAGAAGAAUUAUAUAUUUUUACAUUCCUGUUACGAUGAGAUGGCACCACGACCUUCGAAUACUGUGAAGAAUUAAUAAUGAUAUGCGUCUGAUAAAUGUUGUACAACAAUUUUGAGUCUGAGUCUGAUGAUGGAUGUAUGCAUU